AUGAGCCUCGCUCGUCAGGCACUGGCGCGGUGGACAGAGUUAAGCGAGAGAGCCGUCGAGCGGUAUCAGAAGCUAGGAUGGAAGGGCAAGGUGAUGGUGUGGGCGUGGGCGGGACUGCACGUCGUUUUCGGCGCGCUGUUCUGGCUCAUUGGGCCUGAAAGGAUCUUUGCCUGGUUCGCUUCGCUCGCCGAUGACGUCCGAGAACUGCCGCACGGAUGGCUCAUCCUGUCCGCCAUCAUCGUCGUGACCUCUGUCCCGCCGCUAAUAGGCUACGGAACCGCACAAACACUCGUCGGCUUCGCCUACGGCGUCACUCCCGGCUUCUACAUCUCGGCUGGCAGUUGCCUUCUUGGCGGAGCGUUCGCCUUCGUACUCUGCCGGAAACUCGUCACCCUCUUUGCGCCCUUCAUCCAGCGCGACAAGACCUUCGCGGCCCUCUCGCGCGCCGUACGCGUCAAGGGACUCCCCCUCAUCACCCUUCUGCGACUUUGCCCUUUCCCCUAUCCUUACUCGAACCUCUUCUUCGCCUCGGUCGAGUCGGUCACAUUCUCCGAGUUCAUGCUGGCGACGCUUGCUAUCACGCCCAAGCUUCUCCUACACGUCUUCAUCGGCCACCGCACCUACCUCUUCGCCGACCCUGCUUCGCGGCACAAGAUGGACUCGACGACUCGCUGGAUCAACGGCAUCUUCAUGGUCGGCGGUACCAUUCUCGGCAUUGCCACGUCCUGGUACCUCUACCGUCUCACGAUGCGCUACGUCUCCGAGACGACCGACAUCCCGGAAGAAGACCUCGAGGCGGGCUUGCUCGAUGACGUUGACGAGCUGCUCGCGUCAGCUGGAGGGAGCGCCGUGGCUUCGGAUGCUGAGGCUGAGGAGCGGGCGAAGGAGCAGAAAAGGACGGGUACGGCUGAGGGAAGAUUGGUGGAGCCUGGCGAGGACGACGCGGUGGUGCGGAAGGCAGCCGUGAUUCAGCCAGGCCGCCCAUCAGCCGACAACUGGGACGGCUCGGACAAUUUCUCCGACUUUGACGAGCGUGCAGAAGCGGGACGAAUAGUGGCAGGAGUUGAGGCGAACGGGCACGACCGGCGGGAAUCGGUCGCUUGGGGGUUGGACGCGGAGUUGGACUUGAUGGGUGAUGAGGAGGAGCAGGUCAAGAAGCGGUUAGACUGA